AAAGUCAAUGAAACAAAGAAGCAAGAAAGCAGAGCCUGGGAAGGAGGAAAUGCACCAAUGGGAGGCUCCCCCCGGGCACACUGUCUGAGCCGCCAGCAAAGCGAGCCCUUUCCCUGGGAGCGGGACUGGGGGAACAUCUGCACGCACAGCCCUCGGGGCUGAGCCGCUCCGGGAGCCCCGCCGCAGGUCGCUGCGCUGAGCUGGCUGCUCCAUGCCCACGAGGAGCUAACGUAUGGACGGGAGGAUGAAAGGGUACUUGGACCAGCAAGUGCCUUACACUUUCACACACAAACCGCCCGGAAAUGGGACCCUCAGCAGCCGAGCUCUGAUGGGCACCAGGAGACCCAUGGACCCAGGCUUAGCACCCCCUCAGGACUCGGAAGACCUCUUCCAGGAUUUGAGCCAGUUUCAGGAGACUUGGCUGACAGAAGCUCAGGUUCCAGACAGCGAUGAGCAAUUUCUGCCUGACUUUCAUUCGGAAAACUUAGCUUUUCACAGCCCUCCUGCUAAAGUUAAGAAGGAGCCACAGAGUCCCUGUUCUGACCCAGCACUGUCCUGCAGCCAUAAGCAGCCAUUUCGGUACCGCAAUGGCGAGCAAUGCCUUUACGCCAGUGCCUAUGACCAAACCAGACAAGUUGGACUCAAGUCCCCAAACCCAGGAACCCCGAUACAGUCACCGCUUCAACAUUUCCCUAGGCAGGACAGGAGCUUCCUGAGCCCUCGGGGGCCGUCCCAACCCACAUCCAGCCGUGGAUUCCUCAUGGAACACAGCUCCAUCUACCAGCCACCUACGGAGAUGUGCCGUUCCUUCCCCUCCUCUCAGGCCAUGGGCCGAGACGCUCCAGUUGCCUACCAGCGCCAGAUGUCCGAGCCCUGCCUACAUUACCAUCCGCAGGACUUUAAACAGGAGUACCACGACCCAAUGUAUGAGCAGGCAAGCCAGCUGGGGGGCAGCAGUGACCACUCGUACCCAGCGGGAGUGGUGAUCAAGCAGGAGCAGACAGACUAUGCCUAUGACUCAGAUGUUCCUGGCUGUCCUUCCAUGUACAUGAACACUGAGGGGUAUCAAAGCCAUUCAAAUCCCGAAGGGACAUUAGGCUAUGGCUACAACAAGCAGAUGAGGCCAUUUGCUGAUGAUGUCUGUGUCGUCCCAGAGAAGUUUGAAGCAGGAGACAUCAAGCAGGAAGUGGGCGGGUACCGGGAAGGACCCCCAUACCAGCGCCGAGGGUCUCUUCAGCUCUGGCAGUUCCUGGUGGCUUUGCUGGAUGAUCCCACCAAUUCCCACUUCAUCGCCUGGACCGGCAGAGGGAUGGAGUUCAAACUCAUUGAGCCUGAGGAGGUGGCCCGGCUGUGGGGUAUCCAAAAGAACCGGCCAGCCAUGAACUACGACAAGCUGAGCCGGUCCCUUCGCUAUUAUUAUGAGAAGGGCAUCAUGCAGAAGGUUGCUGGAGAGCGCUAUGUGUACAAGUUUGUGUGUGAGCCUGAAGCCCUUUUCUCCCUGGCCUUCCCUGACAAUCAGCGACCAACCCUGAAAGCAGAGUUUGACCGGCAGAUCAGCGAGGAAGAUACUGUUCCUCUCUCCCACCUGGACGAGAACACGGCUUACAUCCAGGAUCUUGGGAGCCUCCCUUCCCAGCCUUACAGCAAGGGCUACCCCUACUAAUUCCACCAGUAGCCCGCUGCACAGCCGUUGUGUUUGUAUCUAUGGAGACGUUUGUUAGUAAUCGAUCUGCAUAGAAGCUUUCCUGGGCCAGCUUGGGCUCCACUAGACUCUUUGAAUAGCUGCCUUUGAAACAGGCAGAGGUGAUGCGAGCCCAUCCUUGGACAGCUCGCCAGCAUCUGAGGCUUUGAAAGACAUUAGCUGCACCUCAUUCACCCAGGAUGUGGCCCCAGACUUGGUGCAAUGGAACUGGCUCUCUCACCAGUACAGAAACCUCUCCGGGCUGCCAGCAGCAGCAUCCAGAGCCAGUGCUGCCUUCAUUCAGUUAAAUGUGUGAUUGUGUCACAUCCCUGCAUCGAUCCUGUCUCUGGCUUUGACCUCCUGCCGAGCAGGGUGGGGAGGAAAUGGGACCCUGUUGGGCUCUCUCCUCUGAUUUUAUGAUUCUGUGAAAGCUGUUAAUUCCCUCACUUCCCCAGACACACACACUCCUACAAAGCUUCCCUCAGACACCCAGCCCACCUACAAGCACUGUUAUUACCCCCACUACUUCUUACGUGCUGGGGACGUAAGAAGCAGUGCAGUAAGCAGGGCAGUAGGGAGCUGAAGCAGGGCAGUAGGGAGCUGAAGGCUUCAGCUCACACUUGUUCCAUACAAACUGCUUGGCGGGAAUGGGGAACAUUUCUUCCCUUGGAUGCAUUUGCUCCUGUCUUGGUGCCUUCUUGCUCAGGAUGCUUCAUCUCUGGGCUGUUUAGUGUUUGAAGCCUGUUGUCAUUCUGGCAACGACAGGAAGGGGACCAGCUGCCACCAGCCAAUGCUGGCGUGGUUCUGGUCUGCUUGAUAGGAAAUGUCACCGAGGGUGAGCCAUGGAGCCCCUGGACUCCACUGGCCUGGAGUGUGGCUCUGAGCCAGAGGAACCCUGCAGAUAACUGGGAAUUUGAGGAUAGAGAGCAAAGUCUGAGAUGGGGUCCGAGGAAAGGGAUGCUGGUGCCCAUGGGCUCCAAUGCCCAAGCCGGUGGCUGGGCUGCUGAUUGCUCCUGACUGAGCAGGGGCUACCUACAGCAGCCAGACUCUUCAAAACUGAAGAGCUUCCACCAAAAACAUCCUCAGCAAUUUUGAGAGACUCUAAGGUGCCACAAGUACUCCUUUCCAUUAGCGCUGGUCAGACCUGCUGUCCCUGGGCAAGUGGGUAAACCCUGGAGGUUAGAAAACAGUCUCAGCCUCUGGAUGGGAGGCAUUUGCUUUGCAAAAAAGCCACACUCUCCUUGUUCAUCUGAUUCUGGCCUUCCCAGAAGGGCACAUGCGAGGGGUAAGGGAGGAGUUCAUGAGAAGCUGUCAGGGGUCCCAACUGGUUAAUGCAGCACAGGCUGCAUAACGAGAGAUUGUUAUGCCAUCUCUCACAGCCUUCUCACUGAGAGGGCCCCUCCCCUGCCCCCACUGUGCUAAGCAGCCCCACCCAGGCACAACCACAGCAGGAUCACAGGAGCAGCAAUGCCUGUGUGGUGGAGCUCAGCUCUCCUUGCGCCCUGCUGCUCCUCUGGAUGACUUUCAGACUCCUGAGGGCAGAAGGCUUUUGGCUCAGCCUCAUGUGGCAGUUUGGAGGGAAAGUUUUUUAUAUUGCUUAAGAGGCUGAUUUCCCAGGAACUUCCACUCUAUGCAGCUAGCAGGGAUCCUUGCUUCAGCCCCAGGUGCAAUGUCUGGAGGGGAAGCUCUCUGUGACCCACAGCGGGGUGGGCAUGUUCCAUUUACAAAGUGCUCAGCCUGCUCCUCUGCCCCCUUGUGAGAACCUCCCUCCUCCUCUACUGGCCCCACCCCUCCUCUGGGCCUCUGCAGCCCUCGCCCUGCUCACUCCUCUUGUGCGAAGCACACUUUCUCCAUUGCCCCACGAGUGAAGGAGAGGGGGAGCUCUUCCCAUCAGCAUCACUUAUUUUUAUUAUUUAUGAGUGUAAAAAAAUACUAUAAUCAAUAAAUUGGUCUAUAUCUUUGGCCAGUGCCCCUUCAUUCAGCUCCCUGGCUUCUUCUACCUUCCCUUCUAAGCUUGCUCUGCUUGUGUCACGGGCAUCAGCAUGCAGCUUUGUAUGGACUGAUUCAGCCAGACGGGGGAUGUGCAUUUAUUUUCAUGUUCGGUGUAGGCCAAGGUACUGUAACUGGCCGGAACCCUGUGGACUAGUGACCUGCUCCUGUGCAAUCACUUGCAAAGGGACAGUUCCCACUCAGCAGCCUCCAGUUCCUUGUCCUCCAACCCAAGUCGUGUCUGCCCUGCUGAAGCCCACUCCAGAGGGCGAGACAAGGACAGGAGCAGUGGCAGAUCAUGGGCUCUCAGUGCGAGCUGGACACGUGCAAGUUUUAUACCAAAUAUUUGGGGGGAUGUUUUUUCUCACUGUGUGUUUAAUUUUUCUACCUGGCUAACAGCAUUUGCUUUUUAUGAUUUGCUGUCAACUCUCAAUGAAAACAAUGUACAUUAUAAGACUGCACUAGCACCAGCUGCCUAAGAUAAAGGUGCAAAUUCUCCCAAUGCUAUAAACCACCGUUUUGGGUCAGCCCCUGUUCAGAUAAAGCCUUUACAAAUUACAGUGCUGGGCAUUACAAAAUCCCUUCCUACAAUCCCAACCCAUGCAUGAUUCACCCUGCAGCCCAGCACCGGCUCCAGUCUUACUGGGCCAUUGUCAGGGUGCUGAGAGUUGCUUUACCAAUAUACUAGCUGCAGAUGUUUCCAUGGGAAAUGCUAUUUGAGCUGUUCAAGCCUGCCCAGGGCUGGCUGCUGCUGGAAGGAGGAUGGGGGCAAAUACUAGAUUUAUAAACUUAAUAUUAAGUGAGAAAAUGGAGUGUUUUGUUUUGUUCCCUGCCAGGCUGUGCAGGCAAGAAACCCAGAGUGAAUGACUUGCCUUCACACUGGCACCAUGCUAGGCUUCCUCUGCAUGUUAAACUGCUCCUGUCACAACACCGCAUAAGUCCCUGUUUAAAGGGGAAGUCAGUGGUCCAGCAGAGCCUCUCCAUUGCAGGAGGGCUGAGAGAGUGCACAUGUCCACACUCAGGAAGAGAUUGCGAUACCUGGACAAACCUAUGUGGCUUUUUCACUCCUCAGAGGUGGGCUCUGUGACCUCAGGCAUCAGUGAGCACCUUUGGAUUUGAGUGCCUGCAAAGUGCAUCCCAGCAGGAGUCCUGCACUGAGGGAGCUGGGCCUCCGUGCUUUGCACAACUGCCUGGGUGGCGGGAAGCAGGUGAGAGGGCAGUGGUGGGCUGGGGAGAAAAAUACACCAGGAAGCAAUGGGGCAAGAGAAGAAAUGUGUUUCAUAGCUUGUCAUUUCGGCACAGGACGACUGGAGACGCUGGCUGGGCUUGUGGGGGUCUGGUCAUGCGAGGGUGACGCUGGGACUCUCCCUUUAAACUUGGACAGGCAGGGGUUUUAAUGUUGUGGUAAUGCCCAAAAGAGGAAAGGUGCUUGUCAUGACUCCACGCUCGGCAGACUCUUUACUCCCUCCCUGAGCCUGUCUGUAUUCACCAUCCUCGGACCCGAA